CAAAAAUCAUACAACUAAAUAUAGAUAAAUCAAGAUUCCACCGAAACCCUUUUGUUGCAGAGAGUUAUGGCGACGUCGCUACUCCUUUCGCCUCUAUCUGCUCCAACGGUCGACAAUAAUCGGGACUCCAGUAGUUCUACCACUUUGUUCUUGAAAUCUUCCUUUCUUCACAACACCACCCACUUCAUCUGUGCUACUCCCAGGAAAGAUGCUACGGUCAGGGGACGAUGCUUUAGGUCUCCGGUGACUGCGGCGGCGGGGGAUAAAUCUCUCGAUCACAUACCCAAGCAGUUUAGGGAAGGAAACCUUCAAGAUGGAUUGAUGGACAAUUUCAAGAAUGUUCCUCAACAUCUGUAUGGUCUUAGUCCUUCACAGAUGGACAUGUUCAUGACGGAAGAUAACCCUGUAAGCCGGCAGGCGGAAAGUGUCACAGAGGAAACUAUCUCAUCCUCUCAUAAUUACUUGAACAAUGGAGGAAUGUGGAGUAUGUCGGGAAUGAAUGAUAGUGGUCCUGCUAAAUACAGUAUGAGUGUGAGCAUGUAUCGUGGAGGAGGUAGACCAGGUGGAAGACCUAGAAGCGCUCCUCCUGAUUUGCCAUCAUUGCUUUUAGAUGCUCGAAUUUGCUACCUAGGAAUGCCCAUUGUUCCAGCAGUGACGGAGCUUCUUGUUGCUCAAUUUAUGUGGUUGGAUUAUGACAAUCCAGCUAAGCCUAUAUAUCUAUAUAUUAAUUCAUCUGGAACACAGAAUGACGAAAUGGAGACGAUUGGAUCUGAAACAGAGGCAUAUGCAAUUGCUGAUAUCAUGGCUUAUUGCAAGUCAGAGGUGUAUACAGUCAAUUGUGGCAUGGCAUUUGGUCAAGCAGCAAUGCUUUUAGCCCUUGGAACCAAAGGAUACCGUGCAAUGCAGCCAAAUUCAUCCACAAAGUUAUAUCUACCUAAAGUGAACCGAUCAAGCGGGGCUGCUAUUGACAUGUGGAUUAAGGCCAAAGAGCUGGAUACAAACACCGAUUACUUCCUAGAGCUUCUCGAAAAAGGAAUUGGGAAAUCAAAAGAGGAAAUCCAUAAAGACAUCCAGCGGCCUAAGUACUUCCAAGCCCAAGAAGCCAUUGAUUAUGGUAUUGCAGACAAGAUUAUUAGCUCAAGAGAUCAUGCUUUUGAGAAACGGAACUACGACGACAUCCUUGCACAAUCUAAAGCUGCGAGGAGAGGAGCAGGUGGUGGUGCACAGGCGGCUCCAUCUGGAUUUAGAUAAGUCUCAAAUGCAGCCGACGACCAGUGACGGGCUUGGUGAAUUUGGUUACGGGCGGUACCUCCAUUUGUAUCAUAUUGGUCUACUUUUAGCAGGAGUACCGAAACUUGUGAUCAGGUGAAACGAUAAGUAUUGUAUACGGUCAUACAUGGAAGGAGUUUAUCACUUUCUGUAGUGUGUAAUCCGAUCAAUUUCAUAAUCUGAAGCUCAGAAAGUAAUAUGUUGAACCUAUUUUUGGCCCCCGUAUUGGAUUCAUGCAAAUUUUAUCC